AUGGUCAUCGAACGCGCCCUGAAGUCAGAGCUGGAUCUGCAUCGGACUCCCAAGUUGGUCGAAGCAAAUAUCCUUUACGGCGAAAUUGAUCCGAGCACUCAAGACAUGGCCAUCACCCAUGUUGGCCCCAUCACUAUUACUAUACAACAAGACAUGCCCUCGUCUUGGGUCAAGACAGGACCAAGCUCUGGGGUGGUUGAAGAAUUCCUACGACGCUUCUACGGAGAACGCAAGUUCGCCUGUCUUCGUGCCCGGCACUCGCGCUGGGACCCCGUCGAGGUCAGCCACCCUCUCUCCGAGCCGAUGGAGCACUAUCCAUGGAUUACCGAGGACACUCGAACUUCAGCGGACCGCUGGUUGUGUUUCUACUCACUCCAGCCUUCAGAGCUACUUGUCCGUCGGGUCGCAUCGAGCGAUGAGGGUGCUUACAUUUGUGGACCCCUCGUCAGCUCGAACAUCACGGGAGAUCUUCUCAUUACCCCAGAACACAGAAUGAGCCUCAAGUUUGUUAUCUGGAUUUAG